GCUGCUCCACACAGAGCAGGCGACUGCAGCAGCACCGCUCACCGCCCUGCAGCGGCUGCAGCCAGGGUCGCUCCCGAGGUCCGCGUGGCGGCAGCGGGCACGGAUCGGCCCCGCGGCGCUUCUCCUCGGCGCCCCGCCGGGGGGCAGGAGCAGGGCGCCCCGCGCUGCAGAAGCCGGCUGAGCUGCAGAAGCCCGCGGAGCCGCGCCUGGCGCGCCACGGUCCGCAGCAAACCCGACGCCGCCCCGAGACCGCGUCCCGCGCGCGGCUCCCUGCCCAGGCACCAUGGACACCUCCUCGGUCCGCGCGCUCCUGUCCUUGCUUGUCCUGCUGCAGCUGGCGGCCGGGGGCGGCUCGUCGAGACCCGGCACGCUGCUCCGGGGCUGCCCCGCGCACUGUCAGUGCGAGCCCGACGGCAGGAUGCUGCUCAGGGUGGACUGCUCCGACCUGGGGCUCUCGGAGCUGCCCUCCAACCUCAGCGUCUUCACCUCCUACCUAGACCUCAGCAUGAACAACAUCAGUCAGCUGCCCCCGAGUCCUCUGCACAGUCUCCGCUUCCUAGAGGAGCUACGUCUCGCCGGGAACGCUUUGACCUACAUUCCCAAGGGAGCGUUUGCUGGCCUCUGCAGCCUGAAGGUUCUAAUGCUGCAGAAUAAUCACCUAAGGCAGGUACCCACGGAAGCUCUACAGAAUUUGCGAAGCCUCCAAUCCCUGCGGCUGGAUGCCAACCACAUCAGCUAUGUCCCCCCCAGCUGUUUCAGUGGCCUGCAUUCCCUGAGGCACCUGUGGCUGGAUGACAACGCUCUGACGGAAAUCCCUGUACAGGCUUUCAGAAGUUUAUCAGCACUGCAGGCCAUGACCUUGGCCCUGAACAAAAUACAUCACAUACCAGACUAUGCCUUUGGGAACCUCUCCAGCUUGGUAGUUCUGCAUCUCCAUAACAAUAGAAUCCACUCUCUGGGAAAGAAAUGCUUUGAUGGUCUCCACAGCCUAGAGACUUUAGAUUUAAAUUACAAUAACCUUGACGAAUUCCCCACUGCAAUCAGGACACUCUCCAACCUUAAAGAACUAGGAUUUCACAGCAACAACAUCAAGUCGAUACCUGAGAAAGCAUUUGUAGGCAACCCUUCUCUUAUCACAAUACAUUUCUAUGACAACCCCAUCCAGCUGGUUGGAAGAUCCGCUUUUCAACAUUUACCUGAGCUAAGAACACUGACUUUGAAUGGUGCCUCACAAAUAACUGAGUUUCCGGACUUAACUGGGACAGCGAGCCUGGAGAGUCUGACUUUGACUGGAGCACAGAUCUCAUCUCUUCCUCAGACCGUGUGUGAUCAGUCACCUGACCUCCAAAUGCUAGAUCUAUCUUACAACCUGCUGGAAGAUUUGCCCAGUUUUUCAGUCUGCCAAAAGAUUCAGAAAAUAGACCUGCGACAUAAUGAAAUCUAUGAAAUUAAGGCCGACACUUUCCAGCAGCUGCUUAGCCUCCGAUCUCUGAAUUUAGCUUGGAACAAAAUUGCCAUUAUUCACCCCAAUGCAUUUUCUACUUUGCCAUCUCUAAGAAAGCUGGAUCUAUCGUCCAACCGCCUGUCGUCUUUUCCUGUAACUGGGUUACAUGGUUUAACUCACUUAAAAUUAACAGGAAAUCAUGCCUUACAGAGCUUGAUAUCAUCUGAAAACUUUCCAGAACUCAAGGUUAUAGAAAUGCCUUACGCUUACCAGUGCUGUGCAUUUGGAGUGUGUGAGAAUGUCUAUAAAAUGUCUAAUCAAUGGAAUAAAGGUGACAACAGCAGUACAGAUGAUCUUCAUAAGAAAGAUGCUGGAAUGUUUCAAGUUCAAGAUGAGCGUGAUCUUGAAGAUUUCCUGCUUGACUUUGAGGAAGACCUGAAAGCCCUUCAUUCGGUGCAAUGCUCACCGUCCCCAGGCCCCUUCAAGCUCUGCGAGUACCUGUUCGGUAGCUGGCUGAUCAGAAUCGGAGUGUGGACCGUCGCAGUUUUGGCCCUUACUUGUAAUGCCCUGGUGACUUCAACAGUGUUCCGGGCCCCUCUGUACAUUUCCUCCAUAAAGCUGCUCAUUGGGUUAAUCGCAGCGGUGAACAUGCUCAUGGGGGUGUCCAGCGCGGUGCUGGCCGGCGUGGACGCCGUCACCUUCGGCAGCUUCGCGCGGCACGGCGCGUGGUGGGAGCAGGGGGCAGGGUGCCAAGUCGUGGGGUUUCUGUCCAUUUUCGCUUCGGAAUCAUCUGUUUUCCUGCUGACCCUGGCAGCCCUGGAGCGCGGGUUCUCGGUGAAAUGCCCUGCAAAGUUUGAAACGAAAACUCCGUUUUCCAGCCUGAAAGCAAUCAUUUUGCUGUGCGCGGUGCUGGCGGUGACCAUCGCCACGGUGCCCCUGCUGGGCGGCCGCGAGUACAGCGCCUCCCCGCUCUGCCUGCCGCUGCCCUUCGGGGAGCCCAGCACCACCAGCUACAUGGUGGCUCUCGUCCUGCUCAACUCCCUCUGCUUCCUGGUGAUGACCAUCGCCUACACCAAGCUCUACUGCAACCUGGAAAAGGGAGACCUGGAGAACGUCUGGGACUGCUCGAUGGUGAAGCACAUCGCUCUCCUGCUCUUCACCAACUGCAUUCUUUACUGCCCCGUGGCUUUCUUGUCCUUUUCCUCUUUGCUGAACCUCACGUUCAUCAGUCCCGAGGUCAUUAAGUUUAUCCUUCUGGUGAUUGGCCCACUUCCUGCUUGUCUCAACCCCCUCCUCUACAUCCUCUUCAAUCCCCACUUUAAGGAGGAUCUGGGGAGCCUGGGAAAGCAAGCCCACUUCUGGGCAAGGUCGAAACACUCGAGUCUGAUGUCCAUUAACUCUGACGACGUCGAGAAGCAGUCCUGUGACUCAACCCAAGCCUUGGUGACGUUUACCAGCGCCAGCAUAGCCUACGACCUGCCGCCCAAUUCCGGCUCACCAUCCGCUUAUCCAGUGACCGAAAGCUGUCACCUUUCAUCGGUGGCAUUUGUCCCAUGUCUCUAAUUAAAUGUGAGAGAAAACGUUUUCAAAAAUUGAAAGCCCCAAAAUGUGAGAUUGAGUAUAUCUGAGCAGUAACUGAAAAGAGCUGAGUUGAAACUUGAUUUUUUUUUUAAAUCUCUCAGAGUGAAAAAGCUGAAAACCUAUUGAGACUGCAGAGUGAAAAGUGAGUCUAAAUGCUGCUUGUGUAAUUUGUU